CAGAGUCCGUGGGGUCCCGUUGGGGACAGCGGGGGGGGACACCGAGGGACGUAGGUGGCCAUACUGGGGUCACCGGGCGGGUGACGGCCCCGCCGGUGAUGGCCCCGGUGGCGGCGUCCCCUCGCCCAGCCCCCGUGGGCCGAGCCCGGCCCAGCUCCGGGGCCAUGUACAGCCGCCGCCGCCACUCCCCGGGCCUCCGGUGUCCCCACGGCGUCCCCACGGCGUCCCCACCGCCGCCACCGCCACCCAUGGAGACCCCGGAGGCCAGCGGGGCCAUCGUCCCCCUCGAGGUGUCCCCAGAGCUGCUAGAACCGCUGGUGACUGUGGUGGCCGUCCUGGGCGAGCUGGGGGCCGCUGCGGGGGACGUCCCCCUGACGGGGACACAGGGCUCGCUGCGGGGCAAGCUGGUGGCCCUCGUCACCACCAUCAAGCAGGCCAUGGGCCACCGUCACGGCGAGGCCACCCGCCUCCGUCACGCCCUGGCCGCUGCUGGGACCACCGGGGCCGCCAUCGGGACCACCGUCGGGACCACCCCUGAGCCCGCUGUCCCCAGGGCCACCACGGGGGACGCCUGGGCUAACGUGGCAGCCGUCGUCCGCGAGUGGCGGAAGGCGGUGGCCUCGGCGAGGAGCACCUGGGACGGGGUGACACAGGAUGCCACGUGCCUGAGGGACGCGUGUGGGACUGUGGCCGCCACCGGGGCCACCGCCGAGGCCACCGCGGGCCACCUGGCAGCGGCGGUGGCCCGGCAGGACGGGGCACACCGGCAGCUGCUGUUGGACACCCGGGAACUACCGGUGGCCACGGAGUUGGCCGCGGCGUUCUCGGAGGUGGCAGCCCACAGGGAUCGGGUGGCCGAGGCCUGCGCGGGGUUGUGCGCGGCCACCGAGGCCACCGAGAGGGCGGCGGUGGCCACGGUGGGGGCGGCGGUGGCUGCGGAGCGGAGGCGGCGAGCGGCGGCGGCCGGCGGAACCCUGGAACGCUUGGUGGCCGCCUGUCACGGCGUCACCCGCUUCUACCGUCACCUCCAGCACCUCCUCGAGGCCAUCGAGGCCAGCGUGGCCCUUACGGCUGCUGGAUGUGGUGGCCCUGAGGGGGGACGCGGUGGCCCUCAGGCUCCUGGGGUGGCCCAGGAGGCCCCUGGGGUGGCCCGGGAGGCCCCUGGUGUCCCCGAGGACCUGAUGUCAGCGGUGGCGGUGGCCGAGAUGCUGUGGGACGCCAGCGCCCACCUGGCCCAAGGUCACCUCCUGAAGACACUGGGGGUGGCCCGGGGCCUGCUGGUCACCUUCGGUGUCCCCGAUGCCACCGCGGCCGCCACCGUGGCCCAGAACUGCCGGGACGCCACCGCCGCGCUGCCGGGGCUGCUGCGGCGGGGACGGCGGUAGGUGACCGCGGUGGCUUUGCUGGAGGGGACCGGUGGCAUUAACACAUCACCGCCGCAGCCCUGGUUUUGGGUCAC